UGGAACUGCAGAAGGCUGCAGAAAAGGUGUAUGAAGCUGAGAUCAGCUACGACUACAAGUACAGCAGAGGAAAGCAGAUCUACGAAUACAUUGUCAUCUCAAAAUGCCCAUACCACAAGCUGAAUCUGGAGGCUAAGAGUGAGGUCCAAGAUCGUGACAACUGGAACCACCAGCUGCUCUACCGAUGGGGCGACCAUCCCAGCAAGAAGUUUGGCUUUGUCGUGCGCUCAUCGCUGGAAGGGAGAAGCCCGCUGACCAUGAUCACUACUGCCGGGAUGGUGCUGCCGUCGCGCGCGUACGAGGUGACAGUGAGGGACGAGUACUCAUCCAGGCACUUCGAGCGGGCACUGGAGGUCGACUGGGACGCGAAGCGCGACAUCGUGACAUCGACGACGCCCUCUUCUCGCGUUUCCGGCUCCCCCUCUCGGGCCUCGCUGAUGGCGAGACACGAGAGAGAGAAGUUGAGCGAGGGCGAGGAGGCCUACCACACCAUCAUUACCCUCCAGCAUCCUUUCAUGGACGAGGAUGUGGUUCUGUCUAAUGACAUGACCGUGGGUGCCUGGAGCUCUCCCGUGCCCCUACUCAGCGUGACGUCACUGUCCUACGCACCGGGAGCAGACGACAAUGUCACCGUGCAGCUGCACGUGCGUAACGACGACGACGGCUACGGCAGCAGCAACGUCAGCGCGGCGUGGUCCGUCACUCACCCGGCAACAAACCUCGCGCUCAGGUUCUACGGAUUCAGGUUCAGCGACGGUAAGCGCAUAGAGGCUGAGGGUUGCGCGGAGUAUCAGGAAGCAAAUGGGGAACUGCAGCGAAUCAGCGUGAAGGGCCAGCACUCCAUGGAACGCACGACCGUCGAGGUGGCAACACCGGUGCUGCUGUGGAAGGGCGAGGCGGCGCUUCGCUACACGAUGGACGGAAGCAGGUACAGCGCCGCGCUGUCCAGCCAGCUGAACGACCGCCCGCCGGCCACCGUCGAUGCGGAGGUGCAGGCCACGCGACCUUUCUCCGCCAAUGCCAAGGUCACAUGGGAUGCCACUCGUCCUGACGAGUACAGUGAGCUAUGGGCGGGCUACCUCAACGAGACCGCUCUCAAGGUGCACAUCGUCGACCUGAAUGCUCGGCACGACGGCCCAGAGACGUACCUACUUGCCGAAGCCAUGCUGAACACCUCUCACAUCCUACACCUGCACACCUACACGAAGCCCGACAUAGAAUACCCGGACUACGUCAGCAACGGACCGACGUACGCUAACAUCGUAACGCGCGUCGUCGGCGAUUAUGUGGAGCAGGAGGCGGCAGAGAGGUACCACCUCAUGCGAAGCGAAAUACACAGCUUGAAAUCCAAGUACAACCAAAUAAAGCGCAAGUCGAACAGGAUCGUUGCAAAGAUGGGAUCGGACGUGGACAUGGUCAUGCGCGAGCACAAACUAGACGUGUUUGCACCACUCGAUCGCGUCGAACAGCUGCAGGACUGGAGCAGGCGCAUGGUGCAGUCAGCCUCCGAGAAGGUCGGGGAGUUUUACGAAGGCGAGGCGUAUAGGGAGUGGCAGGACCAGAGGAGGCAGCAGCAGGAGCGGAUGUCUGAGGCCUACAGCUCAGCUGUACAAAGAGCAGCCAUCGCCCGGGAGGACCUCCGCGACGCAACCAGACAGAGGAUUAACGACUGGUACGAUCGAUACUACACCUACAAGGCAGAGGCCACUGACUGGAUCGCUCCUUACAAGGAGGAAGUCGAUCGCUAUUACUACGAGCUUUACUACAAGGUCGAAGAAUACCUGUCCGCCAUAGCCGAGCGCAUCGCACCUCUGUACGACUACAUACCGGUGCGUGAGAUUCAGGAGUGCGUGCGCAGUUGUCUGCAACGCAUCAAGCAGAAGAUCAUGAGCAUCUACGAAACCAUGGAACGACACAGGCAAACAAAUACGGCUGCCGGCACGGAUAAAGUGAGCGCAAUGAGAGAGCAGCUCAUGAAUUCGUGGGACGCCGCCGCGGAACACGAGUAUGUCCAGGCGGCGCAGGGCCAUCUUGGCAAGAUGUCCACCAUGUACGACGACCUUGACACGGGCGUCGUCACGAGACGCUGGGACGACGUGAAGAAUACGUACAACGGAAUGCAGUAUCGUGUGAACGACGUUUACAACGGAAUGCAGGACACCUACAACGACUACAAGUACCGAGCGAAGGACCAGGCGCAGCGCACUUACGACGCCAUGAUGAAGAACGAGGACGCGCAGUAUGUGAGGGACGUCGCCCAGAAGGCAUACGGCAAGGGUCAGUGGAUGUACAGGUACGCUGAGGUGGACAAGCUUGGCUCGCGCGCGCUUGCUCGUCUGAUCGCCCUCGUCAAAGACUACAGGAACACAGUGCGCAUCGUCGUCACGCCGACUCCCCCCAACGAGUUCAUGGCAGACCUGUACCUGCAGCAGGACUGGCACAGCUUCUAUGAGCUGCCAUACGAUGCGCAAUACGGGGACGAGCAAUCGCUAUCGCGUGCGAUCAAGUACGUGCGUGACCUGAGGCUGAGUGACAUUCAGCAUGGCAUGUGGAACCAGUACUACGCCUACGCACCACCUUCCUACGACUUCAUUCCUCCAUUCGAAGGCAGCGCGAUGAUGGCCGGCUCCCAGCACUUCUUCACCUUCGACUCGCACGCGUACGACUUUGCGAGCGGAGGCUGCAGCUACGUGCUCGCCCACGACUUUGUCGACGGAACCUUCUCCAUCAUCGUCAACUACAUUCGUGGCGACAACGACGCCAUCACACGCACGAUCACCGUCAUCUCGAAUGGCAUGAAGAUUGAACUCGCGCCCGCGUUUCAGGUGAUGCUUGGACAGAAUACAGUCGACCUACCCAUACAGUUCGACAACACGACGAUCGUGCGACGCGGCGACAACGUCAUCGUACACAACCUCCACGGAGUCACCGUCACCUGUGAUUGGCUGAGAGACGUGUGCCGCGUCAACGUCAGUGGCUGGUACUUUGGCAAGAUGGCCGGUCUUUUAGGCACUUACAACAACGAAGCAUAUGAUGAGUUCACCGACCUUCGACACAACAUCAAGGACUACGACGAGGUCAUGAGCUUUGCCUCUUCGUGGAACUACGGGCCGUGCAAGAACGGUAUGGACCGCGCCUACAGCUACGAGGUCGAGGCAUCGGACGCUGACACUUUCUGCAGCGCAAUAUUCCAGGACAAGCAAUCCAACUUCAGACGCUGCUUCGGACAGGUCGACCCGGAGCCAUUCUUCCGCAUGUGCUACAACGACGCUCGACACUCGGACCACGCCCCAAGCGCCCCGCCGCCAUCCUGCACUGCCGCCAAGGCCUACGUCGACGAAUGCCGGGAUCGCGGGGUGCGGCUGUCGAUGCCAACAACAUGCGUCAUCUGCGAGACAGACAGGACGAGGCACUUCAAGAAUGACGUGUAUGAAAUAGGCGAGGACUCGACGCAAGACAUUGACAUUCAGCAGUACGCAGAUGUCGUCUUCAUCGUCGAAGAGAAGCAGUGCAAUAAGAUCGCAGUGAGGAGUUUGGUUGAUCUCGCAAAGGAUCUGGAUACUUCACUGCAGGAGAAUGGACUCACUUCUAACCGAUACGCUCUCGUCGGCUACGGCGGCUACGGCGUGCACGACGCACCACACGUUCACACGUCCAAGAGCCGCGUGUUCACCACCGAGCCGCUAUCGCUCGCCUUCGACCGCCUCGUCAUCGACGGCAGCGAGGGAACCAACGACACGAUGCGAGCGGUCGAGUUCGCUACGGAGCUGCCGUUCCGCAGCGGCGUGUCCAAGACCAUCGUGCUGAUCACGUGCAGCGGCUGCGAGUCCGAGUACAUGACCAUGGAUUACACGAAACUGCAGCGACAGCUGUUGGAGAAUGGCUUUAAGCUUCACAUAAUGUCUGACUACAACCUGCGCUUCAAGGGAGCGAAGCGGAGCAGCAAGAACAGGCAACUGCUCGGUAUCGAUGGCAAGUCCGUGUGCACGCUGAAGGAUGUGAGAGAUGUGGAGCUGGAGUGUGAGGAAUCUCUCUACCGGCAGGUCGUCAUGCCCAAGGACAUCUGCGUGGCCCUCGCGCACGAGACCAACGGCAGCAUGUUCUCACUGAACAGGUUCACUAACAGCGCACUGCAGAAGAAAUUCAUCAACGUCUUCAGUCGUCGUAUCGCGAAGACCGCCUCGCCGUCCCCCUGCCAAGUCUGCGUGUGCGCGGAGAACGAAGAUGGCGCUGCAGUCGCCCGCUGUCGGCCGUGCGAGAUGCCAAAGCCACUGUCGUUUGUCAUGAUGUUCCCAGAGGAAUACACCUACGAUGAUGAUGAUGAUGAUGACGAUACUAGUAACGAGAGCAACGUACCAAAAACACGCACCAGGAAGACCAGGAAGAACAAGAAGAAUAGGAAAUCCAAGAGACGCAACUCGUUCUUCUUCUUCUAAGUCACCUUGGAAUUCGUCUCUGGUCAGCGCAGCGCGUUCAUGCUGUUGUCGUCCAAUGCAGCACAAAUAGUCUUCAAACAGUACAAGAUGUAUAGUUUACGUUCUGGGGUUCGUGAACCCUCGCCUUACUGCAGAUCUAUCGUGUCAUGGCUGCCAACGGACCGAUCGAAAACAACGCUGCAACGGAUGACAGCUCAGCAGAACUUGGUAGCUGCUGUCUUAUAUACAUGAUUGCGGCCCGCUCACUUACCAUAGAGUAUUAGUGGUAACCGCGUUUUAGUUUUACUAUUACUGUGUACAAAUAUACACGUGUGCGUGGUGAUUAUUAAUGGUCGAUUUUUAUAAAUGUGUAGAUAUAUAAUGGACUCUUAUUCAUAGGUUUUUCACUCAGUGCUGGUUAAGUUGCGAUCAAAGCCAUUCGAGAACAAAUGUUAUGAACAAAGCGCAAGCAAUAGAGAGUAGUAACAAAUAAAGAUAGUGUUGAUUUUCUUCCAACCAGAUUAGCCUUACGAGAUUUUAUUGUCACAUGGUUUAAUUAUGAUCACCGGAUUCCUCUUCACGACCCGAUUAGUAACGAUUACGGAGUAAUAAUUCUCUCUUUCCCUAAUGUCAUACGAUGUGUGUAAGUUAUGAUUUAUUGUGUAGUGUGAUAUAUGAUAUGUACCAACUCAAACUGCAGUUUUCUAUUAUAAAUCAUGACAACAUGGAAUUCAAAUCUUUAUAUAUGUGCAGUUUGCGCGUAGAGACUUUCGUGUUACAGAAAAAAAAAAUUUGGCUACAAGGUCGCGUUUUGGAAAGAAUGUGCAGGUUGGUCGACUAUAGGCGUGUAAUGUUCUAUUGAUGUUUCUUUUAAUGUUGUAGAUAACAAUGUUAUUAGAGUUUGAUCGUGAUUUAUAAUCAAUGCAAUCUUUCUAGUUAUUUGACUUGUGUACGUGAUUGUUCAAUCGCAAUUACAAUAGAGUGAACACAAAA